GUCAGAUUUCAAAGUAUAUUAACAUGGCCAAAUGAGCUGGCAGUGGUUGUCAACUCUAAGCAUGCAAACAAAACUACACCACAGAAAUCCCUAAAUUCAUCCUUCCACCAAAUUGUUCAUCACUUCCCAACAAAACCUUCCACAAUAGAGACAAAUUACAUAAAGCUGUCACACUCUAAAAAUUGUAUAACACCAAAGUUGUUAACAAGAGUUUGAAAUUAAAAAAAAAAUAAAAAAAUCAAUCCUUUAAUAUCCAUUUGUCCUUAUAAUUAUUGUGCUGCUACACAACAUACACAUCAAGAAAGAAAACUCCUAAUGGCUUCCUUAUCUUCUUCCUUGCUUUUGAUUCUUGUUUUUGUAAUAACAACAGCAUCAUCAUCAGCUUCGGUUCGAACGUAUUUUCCGGGAACUUUUGUCCGGUCGUCACUCAAGAAGGUUUCAAAGAAUGUGAAGCCAAAAUUACCAUAUGAAGUCCAUUAUUUUCCACAAAACUUGGAUCACUUCACAUUUCAGCCCAAUAGCUACAAAAUUUUCUACCAGAAAUAUCUGAUCAACAGUCAGUUUUGGAAGAAGGGUGCUCCUAUUUUCGUGUACACAGGAAAUGAAGGAGAUAUCGAUUGGUUUGCGGCUAAUACCGGAUUCUUGCUCGAUAUUGCUCCCAAGUUUCGUGCUCUUCUCGUUUUUAUUGAGCAUAGGUUCUAUGGAGAAUCGAUGCCAUUCGGAAAGCACUCUUACCGGUCUGCAAAGACAUUGGGGUACUUAAAUUCACAGCAAGCACUAGCUGAUUUUGCUCUUCUCAUUAGAAGUUUGAAGCAUAAUUUAUCUUCUGAGGCAUCCCCUGUUCUUGUCUUUGGAGGGUCUUAUGGAGGAAUGCUUGCUGCUUGGUUUAGACUAAAAUAUCCACACAUAGCCAUUGGAGCUUUGUCAUCUUCAGCCCCAAUCUUGCAGUUUGAUACCAUCACUCCUUGGUCUAGUUUCUAUGAUGGAGUCUCCCAGGACUUCAAGGAUGUGAGCUUAAAUUGCUAUCAAGUAAUAAAGGACAGUUGGGCCGAAUUGGAAGCUUUUUCAAAACAAGGACUAGAUGAACUCAGCCGUGAUUUCAGGGCUUGCAAAAAAGUUCGGUCGAUUUAUUCUGCCAGAGACUGGCUUUGGGAAGCCUUUGUAUAUACAUCGAUGAUGAAUUAUCCCACGGAAUCUAACUUCAUGAAGCCACUUCCUGCAUACCCGGUUAAAGAGAUGUGUAAGAUUAUCGAUCGAUCAUCCCCAGAAGCUACAAAGCUAACUAGAGCCUUUGAGGCUGCUAGCUUAUAUUACAAUCACUCGCGAGAUGAAAAAUGUUUCGAGUUAGAAAACGAAACCGAUGAUCAUGGCCUCCAUGGUUGGAAUUGGCAGGCAUGCACAGAGAUGGUAAUGCCAAUGACAAUCUCGAACGAGAGCAUGUUCCCGCCAUCUUCAUUCAGUUACAAAGACUUCUCGAAUGAUUGUAAGAAAGAUUUCGGAGUAACCCCUCGACAGCAUUGGAUCACGACUGAAUUUGGUGGCUCGAACAUUGAACAAGUGCUGAAGAAGUUUGGCAGCAACAUUAUAUUUUCCAGUGGACUGCAAGAUCCAUGGAGCAGAGGCAGUGUGCUGAAAAACAUAUCUGCAAGCAUCGUGGCUCUAGUGGCUGAGGAAGGAGCACACCAUACGGAUUUGCGGGCAUCAACGAAAGAUGAUCCCCAGUGGCUAAUCGAGCAGAGGAAGCAGGAAGUCGAGAUUAUAAGGAAGUGGAUAUCGGAUUAUUAUUCAGACAUGAAGAAAGAUUACAACUAGUUAACGACCAAUAUGAAUAUUGUAAUGUAUUUGACGUCAUUGUUGCAAGAAUAUGGGAGAAACCGAAUCGGGUUUGUCUGGCAUCAGCCCUGAGAACAGAGAAGAAUAUCCUAUGCAUUGUUGGGUGUGUGUACAUACCUGUCUGGAGAAUAACAAAUAACAGUACGAACGAAGAAUGAUGACGAGCGGCUCGAUCAAAUGAUGAACACAAACCACUAACACUAUCAUCGAACAAACUCAAACAAAGAAUUCAAUUAAAUAAUCAAAGUCGAGGCACGUAAAAUACGUUCUCACAAAAUUGCCAUUGAUUAAUGCCCGCAGUUUUCGACAAAUGUCUCUAAAAUACAAUGACUUUUAUCUUGUGUAUAGUGACACUUCAAUAAACAAAAUUUCGAAGAACUUACUUGUGCUUAGAACUCU